CGGGCUCAGUCGCAGUAUUGUGCGCGUGAUACAUAGUCGAACACAAUUCAUCCUCGCGCGCAUCCACCAAACACGUUGGUACGUUGGUUGACUUCGCAGUUGGUGCGCAAAGACACGUUACUUCCGCGCGGCGGCUUAUCAGUGUGUGCGCGUCCGCAGUCGCGAUUUGCGUGUAACUUCGUGCAUCUACCACAGGACGAACAGGACGAGUUUUUGUUCGGCAGAGAGCCAGGCGAAAAAGUGAGUGGAGCGCGCGCCGCGCGCACAGCGCUGAGAAGACCAACCUGUCGGAAUCCGGAGCGUGCGGCUUGAAAAAAUUUCGCCCGGCGUCAUGUCUUUCGGCCGAUGACAUCGCCAUUCGAUUCGAUCGCCGAAAGGUAGGAACGGCAAAACGCAGAAGAUGUGGAUCAACGUGCGCCGUCACAGGCGUAUCAAUUUUCAGCAGGUUGCAUCUUUCAUAUGCAUAUUUUUAACGAUAUUAAAUAUAAACUUGGUGUACGCGGAAAUAUGGCCGAUGGAGCGACCAACCGGCAUGCCGUCAAUUCAAUCCCUAGAGGUAAUGUGCGGUAAGGAUCACAUGGACGUCCACGUGUCGUUUUCGCAGCCCUUCGACGGUAUUGUAAGCUCGAAGGGACAACAUGGCGACCCGCGUUGUGUGUACGUACCGCCUUCAACAGGACAAACGUUUUUCUCGUUCCGCAUCGCGUACGCGCGCUGCGGCACUAAACCCGACCUAAACGGCCAAUUCUAUGAAAACACCGUCGUCGUGCAGUACGACAAGGACCUGCUCGAGGUGUGGGACGAAGCGAAACGUCUCCGCUGUGAGUGGUUCAACGACUACGAGAAGACUGCCACCAAGCCGCCGAUGGUCAUCGCCGAUCUGGACGUCAUUCAGUUGGAUUUCAGAGGAGACAAUGUUGAUUGCUGGAUGGAGAUCCAACACGGCAAGGGCCCGUGGGCACCACCAGUGAGCGGAAUCGUGCCGCUUGGUUCGACGUUGACGCUCGUCGUUGCCAUCAACGAUUACAGAGGUGAAUUUGACAUGCGGGUGAAGUCCUGCGUAGCAUCUGAUGGCGGUGGCCACGUCAUUCAACUCUCUGAUGAAUCUGGAUGCGUUUUGCGACCGAAAAUGAUCAGCCGCUUCCUCAAGGCGAAGGGCGCCGACGAGCGCGCGUCUGUCAUAACCUACGCCUUCUUCCACGCCUUCAAAUUCCCAGACGCGCUAAGUGUGCAUAUUAAAUGCAAGGUGGAAAUCUGUCGUCAUGGUUGUCUGGAUCACUGCCAACAGCAACCAGAAAGCAAUUCACACGUUGAAGUAGAACACCAAUACGGUGGUAUUCCAUUAGAGAGAAAAGACGAUGGAAUAUUAUCCACAUCUGCGAAGAAAGCUUCUUUGGUUGGUACGCAACCUGCCGCAAGUGCCCAAUCCUCCGAAUUACACGACGAUAUUAUCUAUGAUGAUAUUAUACAAGAAGGUGAAGGCGGUACCAGCAUUGGAAGUGGAAUGCCUUCAAUUAAGAUGAGUUUGAGUAGUCACAAAACCGACGAGGAAUCCAAAACACCACCACCACCAGUAAUGGUUCAGGAAGAAACUGAGAGUCCAGUAAAUGUUGCAACUGUAGACAAUCUUGGUAUUCAAACAGCCAGUUUGGAAGAACUUGCGGCAAACCUCGCAAAUAUUGCCAAUGUAGUAAAUUCUGGAAAUGGUGACGUACCUGAAGAUUUAGACAUUGGUUCACCAUUACCCCACAAAGAUGCGUAUACUAUGGAACAAGAUAAAUUCCCGCAUGGGCCUCGUCACUUUGAUCAUGAAGAAGUAAUGCCCUUAGGUGCUCCACGUUCGCUGCCCGACAACGUCCCAAUAAUAAACAGUCGCGAAAAACGCAAUGCUUCAUCUCAACCCAUGUUGACUCUCACAAAACGCAAGCGUCGAUCAAUGGUUGUAUCCGACAGAAAAGUGCGCAGUGCCGAUGUUGGUGUCUCGGGUCUGUACGAAGUUAUUUCCGAGGCAGACUUGGCUUUCAGUCCUGACAACAAAGCAGAAGCUGUCACCGUCUUCCAGGGCAAGAUCCGCGAAGAAGUGGUUUACGGCAUCUGUAUGCCUGUUCCUGGCUUCAGUGUUCUUUUUGUGCUGGUAGCUGUGUCCGCAGUGGUUUCUGCUCUUGUGGCGGGCAGUUUACUCUAUCGCUACCAAUUGCAGCGAGAGCACAUGGUCGCCCAAGCCCAUGACGGUGCAAUGGCAAUGAGUACGCUGGCAUAUUGGAUGGGUUUGGGCUUCCUGCGUACUCGCGACCCACCAACAUGUGGCGCACAUGAAACCAGCGCCGCAGCUGCUGCCGCCGCCGCUACAGAAAGGCUGAACAACACGCUCAACAGCUUAAGCAUGAGCAGUCUGAACAACUUGAGCAGCAUGGGCGCCAUGAGUCUCAACGGAAAGACUGAUACUCUGCGUUCGCGUGAAUGAACAAGUUGUCAAGUUGAUGACUAAAGCUAAUUGAAUUAACAUUUAACCAGAACGUUGUAUAGACUUUAAAUGACUUCAUGAAGUGCAACUGCGUUAAUAUUCGUUUUAAGUUAAAAGGGCGUAAAUGCAAUAAAACUUAGCGACUAAUAGAAAACUACAAUAAUUAACACCCCAAAUAAUAAAGUUUUAUACUGAAAUACAUCUAACUAAGGAAACUAAUUUAAAUCAACGACGCAUAGAGAAUAAUUUAAUUGUAUAUACUUAAAAGUAAUUAUCAGACGCACAAGUUCAGAAAAUAUUUAUGAAAUAUUCACCGAGAUGGGCAAGCUUCAAUUCAACGCCAAAUAUGAAUGGCAAAACUAUGUUGUUAUUAAUAAGUAUGCCCUCUGGUAAUUAGAUUUAGCACAUAUAGAUAUAAAUCACUUAAGAGUAUAUCGAGUCCUAAUUGCGUAUAGGAAUGGCCAAGCACAGAGUACUUGUGCCAUAACUACCCUAAAACCUACACACUAACGAACGUUAUGUUCUUUUAAUAACAGUUUAGACUAGAGUUAAUUAUUUAUCAGUGUUCCAAAGGAAAAGCAACCGUUUCCAUCUGAAGAAGCAAAGUUUUUGAACAUGUUUAUUAUUUUAUUGAAACGUAGGCAAUAUAUGAUAUUUACUGGCGCCAUAUUGUAAUGACGACGUCACAAUCACACCUGUUAAGAACUCAAAACAUAUGUUACUUAAUUAUUUGUUGGAAUAUUGAAAAGAAAACACGCUUUUAAUAAUCGUAACGGUUUAGUAUUACACACUAUGAUUAGACUUAUUUAUUUUUCGCAUAUUUCCGUAGGUAAGUUCAGAAGCAAGUCGCUACGAAAGUGUCUGAUUUAAUUAUGUACAGUAUUAUUCCAAAACGUAAUUAAUUUAUUGUAUACAAUGUUUCGAAUGUGUAACGUAUAGUUAUCUCUAAUACCAACUAAGAUUUAUAAUAAUUUUGCUCAAAUGUCUUUACGCAUUUCAUUGAAAUGAUGACGCAAGUUCAACGAAUGAAAUAUUAAGAUAGGCAAAGUGUAACUUUUCGUAACGAUAUAUAUUUAUAUAUUUUUGCACGCGUGCGUCUUUUAAGUGGCGACAUUAUGAGCUACAUGGUGCUAAUGUCAAUCGCAACAGAAGUUGCGUGUGUUGGGCAUUAAAAUCAACAAAAUAUCACAUUAUUUCACCGAAAAUAUGCAUGUUUAUAAACGGCUCCUUGUGUCGCCACGAAUAGCAGGCGUGUUUGUUAAACGUUUUGUUAAAUGUCACAUUUAUUUUUUAAAUUUUAUUUGCCGAUAAGUUUUGUAUUUCGUACGUUAGAAGUUUAUGGUCGAAGAUCCGCUUCACGUUCGGACUAAACACAUAUUUCAGACAAUUGUUUACGAGAACAAGUGGAUGUGGAAGAGGUAUGCAUAUUUUGUGCGAAAUGAGUGUAAACAGAUCGUCAGAAACUUAAUUUAGAUAUGCGCAGUAUUGCAACAUGCGGCAUUUAACGUAUUUACACUAUCCAAUUAAAUUAGGGCGCAAUCAACAUGAGAAUAAGAUGCAUAAUUGUGAGGCUAAUUGUAUGUAUGUUUUGUUGUAAAUAAAAUGUGGGUAACGAAACAUAAA